CAGCAAGCAGUUUAAUUACCAGAUUCGAUGAAGGCUGUGCUUCCGCACUCGUUCUACUUCUCUUUGAUGCUUUGUGGGCUUAUGAGCCUUGCCUUUUCUUUCAAAGAAGCAGCAGUAGCAACGCCUACAAGAGGCUGCUCAGAAGUCGAGCAGGACGCCCUGCUCGCCUUCAAAGCCAACGUCAAAGAUCCUUCCAACCGUUUGGCCUCGUGGUCUCCACGAAUAGACUGCUGCAAAUGGAGCGGCGUCGUAUGCAGAAGUAGCAAGGCCAGCAACGCAACUUUGUUCCAAGGCCAGCUGCAUGUCGUGGAGCUCAACCUUGAAAAUCCAAACGUCCAUACGGCUCUGCGAGCUUGAAUUUAUCCAACAAUCAAUUAUCUGGCGAGAUUCCCAAGUGUUGGCAAGAAGCAGCUGCGAGGCUUUAUUUUGUUCAUUUGGGAAACAACAAGCUCAGCGGGGAGAUUCCGGAGUCCCUUGGAAACUUGAUUGGCCUACGGUCUUUGCAUUUAAACAAUAAUAAUCUUGGUGGGCAUCUUCCAUUGUCGUUGCAAAAUUGCAGUGGGUUAGUUGUUCUUGAUCUUGCCGAUAAUAAAUUUUCAGAAAGUAUACCGACGUGGAUUGGACAAAGCUUGCAAAAUCUGACUAUUCUAAGAUUAAGAUCAAAUGAUUUUUCUGGCAUUAUUCCUGCAAAUCUUGGAGAAUUAAAUGAUCUUCAAAUUGUUGAUCUUGCCAAUAAUAAUUUAUCAGGAGAAAUACCAUAUUCCUUUGGCAAUUUCAAUGCAAUAACAUCCAGAACGAGAACAAUGGUUCAGAAAGUUUCAACUGAAAGAGAAGUUGAUUUUAUUCUAUUCGGAGGAAGUGAUAGUAUAUCAAUUGUCACCAAGGGAGAUGAAUAUAUUUUUUCAUCCAUUCUUUAUUUGGUGAAGAGUAUAGAUCUUUCAAAUAAUAGUCUUAUUGGUGAGAUUCCUAUAACAGUGGGAUCUUUAGCAGGGCUUCAAACAUUGAAUUUGUCGAGGAACAAUUUAAGAGGCAAGAUUCCAUAUACUAUUGGUGGGAUGAUAUCAUUGGAAACUUUGGAUUUGUCAUUCAACAAUUUAUCUGAUGUUAUUCCUCAAAGUUUGACAACAUUGACUGCUUUAAGUCAUUUGAACCUUUCUUACAACAAUUUAUCAGGACAGAUUCCUUCAGGAAAUCAACUUCAGACACUAGAAGAUGCAUCAAUUUAUAAAGGAAAUGCCUAUCUGUGCGGAGAUGUCAUCCAGAAGAAUUGUUCUAAUUAUAAUAGACAUAAUUUGACAAUUGAAGGGUAUCAGAAUAAUAGAUGUCAGUUAUUACCACUUUACCUUGGCAGCUUUGCAGGAUAUGUUACUGGACUAUGGGGUGUGUUUAUCAUCUUAUUGUUCAAGAAGGAAUGGAGGAAUUUUUAUUUUCAAAUGAUAGACAAAAUUUAUAACAAGGUUUGGGUAGCAAUUAAGAUAAGAAUGAAUAGAUCUCAUACUAGUUAGUUAUGAAAAGUUCAUGCAUGUACUAUUGAUAUAUUAUGAGAAGGAUAAUGAGUUAUGUUUGUUCAAGAAAUGUUUAGAGAAAAAUCAAAUAUCAAUGAAAUUUAUUA